AAAAAACAACGCAUCUCUAUCUUUUCUUCAUCGAAACAUCUAUGGAGUCAUCUUCUUCUUCCCUCCUUCUUCAUCACUCUUACCUCUCUUACUUCAAUCCUCCAAGGUUUGGAAAGCCUUCACUUUCUUAUCCAUCAAUGCAGAAGUUUCGAAAUCGCAAACCAACUCGCAUAUGUACAAACAAGAUGUACGUUCCCGGUUUUGGAGAAGCUUCACCGGAAGCUAAGGCAGCGAAGCAUCUGCAUGACUUUUUUACUUAUGUUGCAGUGAGGAUAGUGUCUGCUCAGCUUGAGAGUUAUAACCCUGAGGCGUAUAUGGAGUUAAGAGAAUUCUUAGACACAAACUCAGUAAGUGACGGCGAUAAGUUCUGCGCUGUUCUCAUGCGUCGCUCUUCACGUCACAUGAACUUAGCCCUUCGAAUUUUAGAGGUACGGUCUGCUUAUUGCAAAAACGAUUUCGAAUGGGACAAUUUACAGCGCCUUUCCUUCAAGAAUGUGGAUAGAUCCAACACAAAACUCAUGCGUGAAUACGUCUUGGAGACUAGCCAUGUCGAAACUGAUCCCGAUAAGUGAAAGCUCUUUAAGUCUCCAGCGAGUGUAGACACAUGAAACCGUUUGUACAUACACAUACAUAUAUACCGUUGUGUUAAUGCUAAACCCUUUUCUUGAAAAUGACAAAACUAAUCAAGAAUCGAAUCGAUUAUACGCGUGUGGAGUUUACCUAGAGACGGGAAUGGAUACAAGGAGAGGCAUGGAUUUGGCCUGAACCAAAAUAAGAUUGAGCAUAGUCUUCGAUGUUCUCUAACCUGUAGACAUAGAUAACCAUAAUGGCUCCAUUUUGAUGAAUACCUUUCUCUGAUCGAGAUAAGCCAUCCAAUUUAUUCUUUCAACCAUCUAUGUAACAUCAAACGAAGAGACCAAUCUCAAUCACACUAUGUUGUCUAAACCCCUGUCACAUACAGUUAGAC